AUGGUUAGUUUCGAUAAAAUAUUGACAUUCAUAGAUCUCAAUAAAGUCAGGAGUUUGAAUGAUCAACUUUUUAAAGAGGGAUUUUUAAAAAAGAAAUUGUUUGCGAGCAAUCAGCAUUUUUGGGUGAACUGCAAAGAUUUCCUUAGCAAAUUAGAAAAAUCUCACGAUAAUGCGAAGUAAUCAAUUAUAAAAAAGGAAUCUAAAAGAGAAAGUAAGAGAGAGUAGUUAUUGAAUGAAGAAUAGCUCAGGUCAAAUUUAGAGGAAUAAUUGGUUUUGAAAGAUCAAGCAAAGGAAGAUUAAGAAAUCAUAAAAUCUCGAUAAAAUCAAAUUAACUCCUGCAUUUAGGACAAUAUUGAUGAUUUGGAAUUCAGAAUAUGCGUCGCUAUAAACGAGGCAAAGAAAUGGACUGACUCAAUUUAUCUCGCUGUGCAGUUCAUGUAAUAAAGAAGCUAGAACGAUAUCUUGACUAAGAUUAUGAUCAUCCGUUGCAAAGUAUAUUACGAGAGCAUGACAAUAAUUAUUCACCUCCCUUCAUACUUGAUUAAAAUCAACUGUCUGAUAUUCAAGAGUAAGAAGAGUUUAAUAGUAAAGAAGAUGAUGACUUAGUAACAGAUCAGCAAAUAGUAAUUGAAGAAAGGCAGGAAAAGUUAAUUCAGACUAAUGUUGUUCAAGAAUUUAGUCUGA